CUUCGACUCCCUCAUGACCAUGAAUCUCCCUGUCUGUAUCUCUUAAAAAUGCAUAUGAUAUUGGAUACCAUAUGGCUUGCCAUUUGGUGCCUCAACUCUUCAAGAGUUUCCCAUGCUGAUAGGCUACAGUGGCAAGAAGUUGCCACUGGUAAACGCUACCUUGAAAGCAAGAACAGAUUGUUCUGUAAGGCCACAAGUUGGAUUCGGUGCCCAAGAUGGAUUCGUUCUCUUCAAGGACAAUCGGCCUUUUGAUUGGAUCGGUUCUUGUGCUAUUUGUUCUGCAAAAAGCUGUCAGUCUGAGAAGGCUGCUCGCAGGAGUUGGGUAUCACCCCGGAUCCAGAACAAUUCUGUCUCCAAGAACGAUAUUGGGCACCCUUCUCCCAUCCAUACCUGGAGUAAACCUUAACAGGAAACAUGCGUUCGACAACAAGUUCUCAUGGUUUGAGCAUUACGGAUGGGAUAUCACCGCAGCUCUUACCAUUUUCCCGGAGGAGAUCAACAUAAAUGUCGCCAAUGCGGCAGCGAUCAAGGAAAUAACCAACUCUCGUGCACGUUUCCCGAAACCGGUCGCAGUCUACAAAACUCUUAGCCUGUUUGGAAGCAAUAUAGUCGCAUCCGAAGGGGAAUUGUGGAAGAAGUAUCGGAAGAUAACUUCUCCGGCUUUUAAUGAUAGGAAUAACGAGCUGGUUUGGGACGAAACGGUUAGGAUUAUGAUGGGUCUCUUCGACAGCGUAUGGAUUGAUCAAGACGUUGUGACCGUUGAUCACUGCAUUCCGGAAAUAACUCUUCCGAUUGCACUGUUCGUCAUUGGAGUCGCUGGUUUUGGUCGAAGAAUAUCGUGGCAAGACGAUGUCGUCGUGCCACCUGGCCAUAAAUUGACGUUCAAAGAAGCUCUGAGUGGUGUCUCUGCGGGAAUCGUUACCAAGCUGCUAUGUCCUGACUGGCUGAUGGGAAUCACGGAGAAGACGCGUAAAGUGAAACUGGCAUUUGAGGAAUUAGAUCAAUAUAUGCUUGAAAUGAUCAACGCCCGCAGAAACGCAGAGAAGAAAGAGGAACGUUACGAUUUGUUCAGUAGUCUUCUGGAUGCAAACGAUUCUCCAGAUUAUGGACAGGAUCCUUUGACUGAACGGGAGUUGAUAGGGAAUAUCUUCAUUUUUCUUCUCGCUGGACAUGAGACGACCGCCCACACGCUCGCAUUCACGUUCGGACUUCUCGCAUUCCACCAGGAAGAGCAAGAGAUACUAUACCAGCAUAUCAAAUCGAUCAUUCCUGACGGCAGGAUACCUACGUAUGAAGAAAUGCCAUUAUUCACGCAGUCAUUGGCCGUAUUUUACGAGACCCUCCGAUUGUUCACUCCGGCGACUAUCCCCAAGAUAAGUGCGGAGGAUACUACUCUAGUCGCGGAGGACGCAGAAGGAGACACCAAGGCUAUUCCCAUCCCUCGUGGAACGCUAGUCACCAUUAAUCUCGUUGCAUUGCACCAUAAUCCUCGAUAUUGGAAGGAUCCGCAUGAAUUCAGACCUUCUCGAUUCAGAGAGAAUUGGCCGAAAGAUGCUUUCCUUCCUUUUAGCGCCGGUGCCCGUGCAUGUAUCGGCAGGAAGUUUUUUGAAACAGAAGGGAUCGCCAUCCUCACCAUGCUGGUUUCAAGAUACAAGAUCACCUUGAAAGAUGAACCGCAAUUCGCAGGAGAAACGAUGGAAGAGAAGAAAGCGAGGGCGUUCACAACUAAAAUCGGGAUUACUCUCGCGCCGGUCCGAAUGCCUUUGGUGUUCACUCGGCGAGUGUAAAAGUUGUGUGAGACUGGUAUUAUUUUGUUUCGAAUCUUCUGAUUCGGGUUUUAUGAUAUCGUAUUCGAUACACUGGCCAAUUGGCUGUAGGUUAGGUAGCUG